AUGAAAGAAGAAGAAAUUUUUACCUUAGAAUGGCUGAACACGAAGGAUGUCUAUGAGGCGAUUCUACUUCCAAAGAUCUCACGAACGUAUUCUUACAAAAUCACAAAUCGGAGUCUUGGAAAAGAUAAAGCCCCAGUCUGCAUUAACAUUGUGAAACCAUCUUUCGAUGACCCAGCUUUCGAGGCUGAAAUGAAGAAUCUCAAAGAUGCCAUGCGGUUAUCAAAAAUCAAAACGGAGCUUGAAAAACUCUACAAGAAUGAUCCUCAUUGCAGUGUCAGUGGCACGAAAUCUGUUGUUGAACACAUCUAUCUGCCUGCUGAUACACGAGAAGAGCAAGUCUCUAAGGAAAAUGAUUUUGGAGGAAUGACUACUGAAAUCACUACGAAUGAGCACCAUCUUGAAGACAAUGUCACUCCCGAAACUUUUGAAGCCGAAAAGAGUGAUGAGGCAAAAGAGACAGCUGAUGAAAAGGACGAGAUCAAUGAUGAUAAAGUAAAUGAAAAUGGUGACAGCGAGAAAAAUGACAAUGAGGAUAACAAGGAUGAUGAAGAAGAAGAAAAGGAUGACGAUGAAGAUGAGGAGACUGAUCAAGACGAUCAUGAUGAUGAUAAGGAUGACAAUUGGGAUGAUGAAACCGAUGAUGAUCCGAAAGAUGGUUUCGAUGGAAGUUCUGAUGCCAGCUCUAGUGAUGAUAACGACGAUGAUGAUGAAUCUCCGAUUAUUGGGCAAACCAAGAUGAUUCCUCCUACAGAUCGAUACUCUCGUUCAAAGGAUGGAAGAUCCUGGAUACCGAAAGCAUCCGAUGAUGGUAAUAGGGAAGCAUCAUUGGCAAUCACACCUUUCGUUCCAAGUCGAACUGAGCAUGGCACACAGACCGAUACUGAAAAUCUUAAUUUUGAUGCAAUCCUGGGACUUCUGACACGGACAGUUGAGGCACUUCAAAAGCAGCAUCAAUGCUACAAUGAACAACGCAUCGAGGAUGCUGAAAUCAUAGCACAUAUGUCCACUCAAAUGGCUCUCAUCACGAAGUAG